AUUAUUUUGCAACGUACUCAUAUCAAAAUCAUGACGACGAUUGAAAACAACACCUGAACUGUUUCGUUUUCUUGAAACUGACAUCAACGCACUGAAAUAUGGCUGGGUUAGAAGUAUUGUUCAGUUGCGUGUCUGGCGCAGUAACACGUCCUCAAGAUGUGGUUGUGUGUUUCGUGCACUGGGAAUUUGUACAAAACGGGUACAAAUGCCUUGGUACUGGAGAUGAGGCCCGUGAUGGUGACAGGAAGUCGGAGCUGCUCCCUGCAGGCUGGAACACAAGUGGGGAAUUGUACACACUGAGAUAUCGUUCAAAUGAUGACAAAUCAAACUUGUUGUUCAAAGCUAUAACUGUGGAUUCAACCUUAAUCUUCAACGUGAUGGAUUCGGCCACAGAGCAAGUAUCAGACUUGACAGUCAAUGUCAGUGAUUACAUUGAUGCAGAACAUCUGCACGAGUUUGACAGUGUGUUCAAGAACACGGAUGGUUUGGCAAAAAAGGUGAAGACCAAACUUCUUCCUGCAGUCAAGGGGGAGAGCAGUAAGAAGGCAGAGAAGAAGCGUGAUGACCCCCCAGCAUACUCACGGACAGAUGAUCCGUUAAGGAUCCCCACCAGGGCACCCUCCUCCUCCAGACAGCCCAACUGGUCAGACCCAAUGGCUCCAUUUGCUGCGGGAGGAGCCGAUCUUGACCCAUUUGGAGGGCGAUCUGGAGGGAUGAUUGUUGACCCACUGCGGCAGGGGUUUCCCCGCUCAGGGUUCGACCCUUCUGGGGGCGUCCCGGGCGUGUUGCCCCCUGGAGCUGUGCCCCCUGGAGCUCGCUUCGACCCGUUCGGCCCCGUCGGCAGAAGCAGACCUGGCCCAGACCCAGAUCACAUGCCUCCCCCAGGAUACGAUGACAUGUUCAUGUGAGGGACAGAAGCCCUCCCUUCUCUCCACAGCCUGCCGGGGACUGUGCAGCCUAAAGGCAGCCCGCUGAGAGCAGCCCUGUUCUAUGUGCUGGUGUGUGGAAUAAAAAGCUAUCUAACGAAAACCAGCCAUGGUGCUUUCCUGACACCGGGUUUGCACAUACACAGUAUACACCGAUGCAAACGUAACACUUAACGCAUCCCGUGUGCUUAUAUGUGUGGCGCAUAAUGCUGAAAGCAGUGGGAGAGGAGAGUUGGGGAACGUUGGAAGUAAGAGGGAUUUUUUCUAUCUCAUAAAAAAUAACGAUUGGGAAAUGCUUUGAACUCACGUAACAUGUUUUACUUCUAGACCAAGAUUCUGUGGGUCUUAUAGUGCGGUGGAUUCUUUUCUGGGUCCAUUAGGAUGAACAAACCUAUCUAAUCAAACGCUUAGUUUCUUCUCACAGACUUGUCAAACAUUAAGCAGACCAUAUAUUUGGUGCAAUGUCUCCUCCUGCCUUUGCUACUCAGAUCCUGAUUAUCAUCCUUCUCUGAUUGCCUUGUUGUGAUCGACUAAUUUCCAUUUUUGUGUGGUUUCUUGGUAGCAAUUUACAGUCGGGCUGCAUCUUCUUAAAUGCAUUCCAUUCAGUUAAAACUUCUCAUUGAAGUGGAGGAACUGACCAAAAUUCUUAAUUUAUUUGUCUAUGCCUAGCCCAAACUUCUACAGUUUAAUUCCAUGUGUAAAAACUGGUAACAACUCUACAUUCUGUCCUUGUUUGCAAAUAAAGGACUAAUUCAUUUCA